AUGGUCAAACUCGGCCACAUUAUCUUUUUGGCCGAAUUUCUGGUCAUUGCGGCAGGUGUGGAGUCGAUCAGUGACAAUGCCUUUAAUGCCAUUGAUCUCUACACCCAAGAAACUGAAGAUGAUUCCAAUAGAGUAGCUCGAGAAAGCUAUUCUCCAAUUGGAAAUAUUGAGAAAAUUGAUGUAAAAUGUGAUAAAGUGAAUGGCAUGCAAGUUGAAAUUCAAUUCACAGACGAUUUCAAUGGAGUAAUAUAUAGCCAGGGUUAUUUUAAUGAUCCCAACUGCAACUAUGUACAGGCCGGUAGCAAUAAUCGAAACUUCAUAUUCAAUGUUCCUUUUGAUGGCUGUGGCAGUAAACCCUCCUGUUCCCUAUGUGCAUCAUAUGAUAAUAUUCUUAUUAUUCAAAGUGACGAGAAUGUACAGGGAGGAUCGGACGCUGCCCGCAAAAUAACAUGUAGUCGGGGAGAUGAGCAGGAAAAGACGGUAUAUUUUAAGCCAUUUGUGGUCGAUAUGCUGGAGGUGAUAUCGGUUGAGACGCCCAGCGGUCCCGUAGAGUGUUGGAUGGAAAUUGGAACCGGAAUCCCUCCCAAUAUACGCCCAAUUAACUAUACGUUAACAUUGGGUGCGGAUAUUACCUUUACGAUCAAUGUGAAGCAUUUAUCUCAGAUUUGGGACAUAAAUAUUCUACAGUGCUAUGCAUCCGACAAUGAAAACUUUGAUGCCCGAAACACCAAGAAGUUACAGCUUUCAGAUAAAAGAGGUUGCUCAUUGAAAAAGAAUAUAUUUGGAGAAUGGAAAAAAUUAGUAUCUGAAUCCAGCCGAACGUCGACAUAUUAUAACACGCUAAAGGCAUUUAAGUUUCCUGAUCGUUCUCAAGUAUAUUUGAAAUGUGAUAUUGAGCUUUGCAAUGGUGCAUGCGAUAGACAAUAUAGUUGUGAUAAAAAUAUUUUAACUGAAUGUCCUUUGGGGUCAUCAGAUCCCAUUUGCCAGAAGGAACCGAAAACAACACCUCAGCCUAGAUGCUAUCCUGGUUCAACUGACCCUGCAUGCCAAGCAGUCACUAUUUCUCCGCCAAUAACAACGCGAGUGCCAACCAAACCAAAAUGUUACCUAGGUUCCAAAGAUCCUAGUUGUCGGCAAGAACCUAGGACUACAGAUAAGCCGAGGUGUUAUCCUGGUUCAACCGAUCCUGACUGCGAACCAGCAACCUACAUACCCCCAGUUACAACUCGACAAGGAUGUUUUGAAGGUUCUACUGAUCCUAAAUGUCAGCCAGCCACUUAUCUGCCACCAACAACGACCGCGAGGAUUCCUGUUACAAAGCCUAGAUGCUAUCCUGGAUCAACUGAUCCCGAUUGCCAACCAGCAACAACUUCCCGGCCACCCAUAACACGGUUGCCAACUAAACGGAGAUGUUAUCCAGGCUCUACUGAUCCGCAAUGUCCGCAAGACCAGAAAACAACAGCUACACCGCGAUGCUACCCAGGCUCAACGGAUCUUCGUUGUCGUCAAGAACCAAAAACAAACCCUCAGCCAAGGUGUUACCCUGGAUCAACCGAUCCUGAUUGCCAACCAGCCACUUAUUUGCCACCGACUACAACACGAGUUCCAAUAACUACUACUAAGCCAAGAUGUUAUCCAGGAUCCACCGAUCCUCGAUGUCCACAGAAACCAAGAUGCUAUCCUGGUUCACCCGAUCCAGAUUGCCAACCAGCCACUUAUUUACCCCCAACUACAACACGAGUUCCAAUAACUACUACUAAGCAAAGAUGUUAUCCAGGCUCCACAGAUCCCAGAUGUCCACAAGAACCUCGGACAACACCUAAGCCAAGAUGUUAUCCAGGAUCUUCAGACCCCCUUUGCCCACAGCAACCGAAGUCAACUCCCAAACCAAAAUGUUAUCCAGGUUCAACCGAUCCUGACUGCCAACCAGCAACUUAUUUGCCCCCAACUACAACACGAGUUCCAAUAACUACUACUAAGCCAAGAUGUUAUCCAGGCUCCACAGAUCCCAGAUGUCCACAAGAACCUCGGACAACACCUAAACCAAGAUGUUAUCCAGGAUCUUCAGAUCCUCUUUGCCCACAGCAACCGAAGUCAACUCCCAAACCCAGAUGCUAUCCUGGUUCCACCGAUCCUGACUGCCAACCAGCAACUUAUUUGCCACCGACUACAACACGAGUUCCAAUAACUACUACUAAGGCAAGAUGUUAUCCAGGCUCCACAGAUCCCAGAUGUCCACAAGUACCUAACACAACAAGUAAACCAAGAUGUUAUCCAGGGUCCACUGAUUCUCGUUGUCCACAGGAGCCAAAGACAACUCUGAAACCAAGAUGUUAUCCGGGAUCGAAUGAUGUAGAAUGUCUUAAUUGUUUCCCAGGCUCACCAGACCCGAGAUGUCCUAAGAUUCCAACCACUCCAAAACCGGGAUGUUUUGAAGGUUCUACAGAUCCAAAAUGCCAGCCAGCAACUUAUCUGCCACCAACAACGACCGCUAGAAUUCCAAUUACAACAGCAAAACAAUUAUGUUAUCCAGGAUCCACAGACCCUCGUUGCCCACAGCAACCGAAAACAACACCUCAGCCAAAAUGCUAUCCCGGUUCAAAUGAUCCAGAUUGUCAACCACCGACUUACAUACCGCCAACCACAACAAGAAUUCCAAUAACUACUACUAAGCCAAGAUGUUAUCCAGGCUCCACAGAUCCCAGAUGUCCACAAGAACCUCGGACAACACCUAAGCCAAGAUGUUACCCAGGAUCUUCAGAUCCCCUUUGUCCACAGCAACCAAAAUCAACUCCCAAACCAAGAUGUUCUCCUGGUUCCACUGAUCCUGGCUGCCAACCAGCCACUUAUUUGCCCCCAACUACAACACGAGUUCCAAUAACUACUACCAAGCCAAGAUGUUAUCCAGGCUCCACAGAUCCCAGAUGUCCACAACAACCUCGGACAACACCUAAGCCAAGAUGUUAUCCAGGAUCUUCAGAUCCUCUUUGCCCACAACAACCAAAAUCAACUCCCAAACCCAGAUGCUAUCCUGGUUCCACCGAUCCUGACUGCCAACCAGCAACUUAUUUGCCACCGACUACAACACGAGUUCCAAUAACUACUACUAAGGCAAGAUGUUAUCCAGGCUCCACAGAUCCCAGAUGUCCACAAGAACCUCGGACAACACCUAAGCCAAGAUGUUAUCCAGGAUCUUCAGACCCCCUUUGCCCACAGCAACCGAAGUCAACUUCCAAACCCAGAUGCUAUCCUGGUUCCACCGAUCCUGACUGCCAACCAGCAACUUAUUUGCCACCGACUACAACACGAGUUCCAAUAACUACUACUAAGGCAAGAUGUUAUCCAGGCUCCACAGAUCCCAGAUGUCCACAAGAACCUCGGACAACACCUAAGCCAAGAUGUUAUCCAGGAUCUUCAGACCCCCUUUGCCCACAGCAACCGAAGUCAACUCCCAAACCCAGAUGCUAUCCUGGUUCCACCGAUCCUGACUGCCAACCAGCAACUUAUUUGCCACCGACUACAACACGAGUUCCAAUAACUACUACUAAGGCAAGAUGUUAUCCAGGCUCCACAGAUCCCAGAUGUCCACAAGUACCUAACACAACAAGUAAACCAAGAUGUUAUCCAGGAUCCUCAGAUCCCCUGUGUACACAAAUUCCCAUAACGACUCCUGAGCCAAAGUGCUAUCCGGGAUCGAAUGAUCCAGCAACUUACCUUCCACCAACAACAACAGCUAGAACCCCACUUACGACAUCUAAGGAAUUAUGCUACCCAGGUUCCACAGAUCCUCUUUGUUCUCAAAAACCAAAGACAACUCCCAAACCAAGAUGUUAUCCGGGUUCGAGAGAUCCUGAGUGUCAACCAGCCACGACACGUGCUCCAGUAACUACCGCCAAACCAAGAUGCUAUCCUGGCUCGACAGAUCCCAGAUGUCCACAAGAACCUCAGACAACACCUAAGCCAAGAUGUUAUCCAGGAUCUUCAGAUCCUCUUUGCCCACAACAACCAAAAUCAACUCCCAAACCCAGAUGUUAUCCUGGUUCAACCGAUCCUGAUUGCCAACCAGCCACUUAUUUGCCCCCAACUACAACACGAGUUCCAAUAACUACUACCAAGCCAAGAUGUUAUCCAGGCUCCACAGAUCCCAGAUGUCCACAAGAACCUCAGACAACACCCAAGCCAAGAUGUUAUCCAGGAUCUUCAGAUCCUCUUUGCCCACAACAACCAAAAUCAACUCCCAAACCAAGAUGUUAUCCUGGUUCCACUGAUCCUGGCUGCCAACCAGCCACUUAUUUGCCCCCAACUACAACACGAGUUCCAGUAACUACCACUAAGCCAAGAUGUUAUCCUGGCUCGACAGAUCCCAGAUGUCCACAAGAACCUCAGACAACACCUAAGCCAAGAUGUUAUCCAGGAUCUUCAGAUCCUCUUUGCCCACAACAACCAAAAUCAACUCCCAAACCCAGAUGUUAUCCUGGUUCAACCGAUCCUGAUUGCCAACCAGCCACUUAUUUGCCCCCAACUACAACACGAGUUCCAAUAACUACUACCAAGCCAAGAUGUUAUCCAGGCUCCACAGAUCCCAGAUGUCCACAAGAACCUCGGACAACACCUAAACCAAGAUGUUACCCAGGAUCUUCAGAUCCCCUUUGUCCACAGCAGCCAAAAUCAACUCCCAAACCAAGAUGUUCUCCUGGUUCCACUGAUCCUGGCUGCCAACCAGCCACUUAUUUGCCCCCAACUACAACACGAGUUCCAAUAACUACUACCAAGCCAAGAUGUUAUCCAGGCUCCACAGAUCCCAGAUGUCCACAAGAACCUCAGACAACACCCAAGCCAAGAUGUUAUCCAGGAUCUUCAGAUCCUCUUUGCCCACAACAACCAAAAUCAACUCCCAAACCAAGAUGUUAUCCUGGUUCCACCGAUCCUGACUGCCAACCAGCAACUUAUUUGCCACCGACCACAACACGAGUUCCAAUAACUACUACUAAGGCAAGAUGUUAUCCAGGCUCCACAGAUCCCAGAUGUCCACAAGAACCUCGGACAACACCUAAGCCAAGAUGUUAUCCAGGAUCCUCAGAUCCCCUGUGUACACAAAUUCCCAAAACGACUCCUGAGCCAAAGUGCUAUCCGGGAUCGAAUGAUGUAGAAUGUUUAAAUUGUUUCCCUGGGUCACCAGAUCCACGUUGUCCGAAAAUUCCAACCACCCCAAAACCGGGAUGUUUUGAAGGUUCUAAUGAUCCCAAGUGUCAGCCAGCAACUUACCUUCCACCAACAACAACAGCUAGAACUCCACUUACGACAUCUAAGGAAUUAUGCUACCCAGGAUCCAGAGAUCCCCUUUGUUCUCAAAAACCAAAGUCAACAUCCAAACCAAAAUGUUAUCCCGGUUCAAGAGAUCCUGAAUGUCAGCCAGCCACGACACGUGCUCCAGUAACUACCGCCAAACCAAGAUGUUAUCCUGGCUCGACAGAUCCCAGAUGUCCACAAGAACCUCGGACAACACCUAAACCAAGAUGUUACCCAGGAUCUUCAGAUCCCCUUUGUCCACAGCAACCAAAAUCAACUCCCAAACCAAGAUGUUAUCCUGGUUCCACCGAUCCUGACUGCCAACCAGCAACUUAUUUGCCACCGACCACAACACGAGUUCCAAUAACUACUACUAAGGCAAGAUGUUAUCCAGGCUCCACAGAUCCCAGAUGUCCACAAGAACCUCAGACAACACCCAAGCCAAGAUGUUAUCCAGGAUCUUCAGAUCCUCUUUGCCCACAACAACCAAAAUCAACUCCCAAACCAAGAUGUUAUCCUGGUUCCACCGAUCCUGACUGCCAACCAGCAACUUAUUUGCCACCGACCACAACACGAGUUCCAAUAACUACUACUAAGGCAAGAUGUUAUCCAGGCUCCACAGAUCCCAGAUGUCCACAAGAACCUCGGACAACACCUAAGCCAAGAUGUUAUCCAGGAUCCUCAGAUCCCCUGUGUACACAAAUUCCCAAAACGACUCCUGAGCCAAAGUGCUAUCCGGGAUCGAAUGAUGUAGAAUGUUUAAAUUGUUUCCCUGGGUCACCAGAUCCACGUUGUCCGAAAAUUCCAACCACCCCAAAACCGGGAUGUUUUGAAGGUUCUAAUGAUCCCAAGUGUCAGCCAGCAACUUACCUUCCACCAACAACAACAGCUAGAACCCCACUUACGAUAUCUAAGGAAUUAUGCUACCCAGGUUCCACAGAUCCUCUUUGUUCUCAAAAACCAAAGACAACUCCCAAACCAAGAUGUUAUCCGGGUUCGAGAGAUCCUGAGUGUCAACCAGCCACGACGCGUGCUCCAGUAACUACCACUAAGCCAAGAUGUUAUCCUGGCUCGACAGAUCCCAGAUGUCCACAAGAACCUCAGACAACACCUAAGCCAAGAUGUUAUCCAGGUUCAACCGAUCCUGACUGCCAACCAGCAACUUAUUUGCCGCCUACAACUACAAGAAAUCCAAUUAUUACUACUAAGUCGAAAUGUUACCCAGGCUCCUCAGAUGCAAGUUGUUCAGUGCAGUCUAAAACUACUCUGAAGCCGAGAUGUCAGUUCGGAUCAACUGAUCCUGACUGCCGACCUGCCACGUACUUGCCACCAACUUCAACAUCUUCUUCAGUACGCUGUUACCCUGGCUCCUCUGAUCCACUAUGCUCUCAAAAUUUGAUUACCACAACACUCCCACCUAAUACAACACCAGUGUAUUGUUACCCUGGUUCUAUUGAUCCCCGUUGUCCCGAUAGUGGUUACAAGGGCACCAGCCGAGUUCCAGCUACAUAUUUGCCACCUUUAAGUGAUCCUGGAUAUGACAGGACAAUAAGAGACGCGAAGAGUUUGUUUUUCAAAGAGAUAAACCAGCUGGCAUACACGAACAACAAUGUGUUUGAACUAGAAGAUGAUGACGACAGUGAUAGAAGGAGAAGUAAACGUGAUUUGCAUGACUUAAGCCCGUUGGCAAUCAAUGAAAACAAUGAGGAUCUGCUAUCAAGAAGAAUUAUGAAGCGCGAGUUUAAUGAUCGCCCAACGGAGAAAGAGGUAAUCUCCCUAACAGUGGGUGUGCGAACGGCGAUCACGGUUAAAUAGUCAGAUGGCUGGCAACCUUUGGCCAAUAUUACUCCCUAAAAACUUUGUAACAUAAAAACUAAUGUAUAUUCGCAUAAGCGUGAAAAUAUAUGUAUUAUAUUUAGAUUUAGGUAAUGUAAGUUCAAUACUCAUGAUGUUUUUACUACAAAGUGAAUAUCUGUGUAUUAAACCCAGUU